AACCCGCCCCUUUUUGAGGUUUAUCAGACGCUGCUGAGCCCCGUCCAGCAUCAUGUGGCGCUCGUCGGCACGAAGGGGCUCAUGGUGCUGGAGCUGCCGAAACGCUGGGGGAAGAAUUCCGAGUUUGAAGGUGGGAAAUCCACGGUGAACUGUAGCACUAUUCCCAUUGCGGAAAGGUUCUUCACAAGCUCAACAUCUCUGACUUUGAAGCAUGCUGCCUGGUAUCCCUGUGAGACGUCAGAGCCCCACAUCGUGCUCUUGACUUCAGACAACACUAUAAGGUUUUACAGUCUGAAGGUACCUCAGAGACCUGUCAAAGUGAUUGCUCUUUCGGACACUGAGGAGGAGACCUUUGCGAUUAAAAAAGGGAGAGCCUACACAGCCUCGCUGGGAGAGACCGCCGUGGCCUUCGACUUCGGCCUCCUGGUGCCGGUCUCAAAGAACAUACUUGGGCAGCAGGGGGGUGAAGAAGUGUUGGCCUAUCCCCUGUACAUUUUGUAUGAAAAUGGAGAGACGUUCCUCACCUACGUCAGCCUGCCGCAGAGUCCUAGAAACCUUGACAAGUUGCUGGGCCCUCUGCCCAUGCACCCCGCCGCGGAAGACAACUACGGCUACGACGCCUGCGCGGUCCUGUGCCUGCCUUGUGUCCCCAACAUCCUGGUGAUUGCCACCGAGUCGGGAAUGCUGUAUCACUGCGUGGUACUGGAUGCGGAAGAGGAUGACGAGCAGUCAGAAAAGUCAUGGGACCCAAGAUCCGAUCUUAUUCCUUCCCUGUACGUGUUUGAAUGUGUUGAGCUGGAACUUGCCCUGAAACUGGCAUCAGGAGACGAAGAGCCUUUGGAGUCCGAUUUCUCUUGCCCGAUCAAGCUGCAUCGAG